ACAAAAGCCUGCCACACGAUUGGCUGACAAGAGGUGCGCUCUGGCGUCUCCGGGUCCUCGCUGCCAAACCGCCUAUUGAUAUGCAAAUUAGACCUUAUAAAUACUUUAGACAACAACUCACUUCCAACGGUAGAACUCUUUGAGAUUACACAAUAAGAAGCCGGACUGUUGCGCGCGCGCGUGUGUGUGUGUGUGUAUGUAUAUAUAUAUGUGUUUGUGUGUGUGUAUGUGCUUCUGUAACUGUGUGAGCCUACCAGCUGCUCUCUUCGUUGGAUUGAACCGAUUUUGUGGAUUACAGUAGUUCGCGUAUUUGUUUAUUUUUUGGGGGGUUUAAACCAACAAUGGCUCCCUCAUCCAGACCUUGCAAAAAUGGAUCUGCCCAGGAUGAUGAGGAAUAUUAUGGGGUUAAAAGAGACAGAAAGGCGAGAAAGCCUUUGGUUGAGAAAAUGAGGCGAGCUCGGAUCAAUGAAAGUCUACACGAACUGAGAGGCCUUCUUGCAGAUAGCGAUUUUCAGACAAAAACGGAGAAUGCCGAAGUGCUGGAAAUGACUGUGAAACGAGUUGAGAAUAUUCUUCGGAGCAGAGAUCUUGAAACCGACACCAUGAACCGUGAAGCAAGCGAGCGGUUCGCUGCAGGAUACGUACAGUGCAUGCACGAGGUGCACAUGUUCGUGUCGAAUUGCCCCGGGAUAGACGCUGCAGUGGCCGCCGAGCUGCUCAACCACCUUUUGGAAUCUAUGCCCCUGAACGAAGACCAUUUUCAGGACAUGCUUGUGGAUUUAAUGUCGGACUCUUCCAGCAGCAGCACUUGGCCUAGCAGGGAAGGGGUAUGCCCAUCCAUGGUAUCCCCCGGGGGUGCGGGGUUGUCUGGCCAUUCUCCAGCGCCUUCUACAACAUCCAGCGAGGACACAUGUUCCGAUCUAGACGAGACUGAUGCGGAACCCAGUCACACUUCGCCGGAUAACUCCAGGAGCCACAGCACACCUGGUGUUCUCUGCUCGAAAUCCAUGUGGAGACCGUGGUGAAACUGUGAACCACUUCGAAAAAAGAACAAGGCACAAAAUAGAUAUCUACCUAGUAGUAGUUUUGUCUCGCGCGUACGAGUGGGCCAGAAGAAUGACCGUGUACAGUUUACAAAGGGGUGUGUGGUCAUCAAACUUGUAAUGUUAAAAACUCGUGAGAAAUGUAUCGUAUGCCACUGUUACUGUCAAUCUUGACGGGCGACUGUUGUGUGUGUGUGUGUGUGUGUGUGUGUGUGUGUGUGUGUUUUCUCUGUUGUAUUAGUUGAGUGGACACGUCGGUGAAUUAUUUGUUUAGGACAUCAUAGCAAAGCUCUUUUUGUAAAGCAUAGCGUCUCAUUAUUUCCCCUCCCCCUUAUUUUAAUAGAAUCCAGAUGGCCAAUGUAUUUGACAUCGAGAAAAUAGGCCUGGGCAGAAAAGGGUUAAGGGACUGGCACAAGGAUGAGCUUGUAUGUGUGUGUUUGUGUAUAAUAUGCAAGGAAUCGUUCCUACUAGGGAUAGAAUUGGUUAGCAUAAUUAGGGAUGUAUUUCUACCUUCUGUGAAGGAAGGGUGAACUCAAAUAAAUUGCAAUGUUUAGAUGUAAGUGUUGAUAGCAGGAUGCCUUGAAAACUGCAUAUUGUUCUGGACAUGAGAAACGACUGGUAGCACAUUAUUAAUUUUUAUUGUAAAACGUCUAAUAAAACGUAUUAAAGUAAAGCGCUCUGCUGCAUCCAUGCCACUUGCGUUUGUUUUACUGUA